UUUACUUAUCUACUAUAAUACGUAGCAAUUAAUUGUACCAAACACCUUUAUAAAAAACUUUAUUGAUAACUUCUAACACGAAUUAUACCCAAUUUCACUAGCGGAAUCCUAAAUUGUACACCUAUUUUUUAUUUCCUACUAACUAAUCAUAAGCUUCAGAAAAGAAUUUUACUAAGAAAAGCAAAAUCAGAACACCAACAAAAGACUAAAAAAAAAAAGAUGCAUUUAAAUUAUCAGCCACACAUUACACAUCUAAGCUAUAGUGUUUACAAGUCUAUUGUGUAAUGUUAUUGUUCCUCACUUAGGGAGAAAAUCAUUAGCCACGUUCAGAUAAAAAAAUACACACAAACACAAUCUUGUGUUUAACACACGAUUCAAGAAAAUACCAUCAUCCAUAUUUUCCUGCUAAAACACAGUACAAUUAUCCAUACCUAAAAGAGUUGCACACUAGCUUAUUAGAGGGGAUAAACAUAUUCAUGGUGGUACUGAGUUUCCAACCAGUUCAGUUUCGACCCAAUAUUGCUCACAGCAGUGUGCAGAGACAUGGGAAUGGCGGCAGGAAUAAUCGAAUGGCGAUUCGUUGGCCUCGGUGUGGGAUAGCAGAACCAGCAGGACAGCCUGCUCCUAUGGGACAGAAGACAAAGUACAAGGAUGGGUUCUUUGAGAGGGUUUUCAUGAAUCUUUUUGCUAGGAAGAUGGAGAAGUUUGCAUCAUCAAAGCGAAAACAGGAGACAGAUGGAUGGUUUAAGUAUGAUUACGAGAGUUUUGUGGAUGUGUCGAAAAGAGUAAUGCAGGGAAGGUCACGGCCGCAGCAGCAGGAAGUUGUUAGGGAAGUGUUGUUGUCUAUGCUCCCUCCUGGUGCCCCUGCUCAGUUCAGAAAAUUAUUUCCACCAACAAAAUGGGCAGCUGAGUUCAAUGCAGCCCUAACAGUGCCUUUCUUCCAUUGGCUUGUUGGACCUUCUGAGGUUAUUGAAGUUGAAGUAAAUGGAGUGAAACAAAGAAGCGGCGUGCUUAUUAAAAAAUGCAGGUACUUAGAGAACAGUGGCUGUGUUGGAAUGUGUGUGAAUAUGUGCAAAAUUCCAACUCAAGACUUCUUCACCAACGAAUUCGGACUCCCUCUUACAAUGAACCCAAAAUUCGAAGAUAUGAGCUGUGAAAUGGUUUAUGGGCAAGUCCCACCACCAUUCGAAGAAGAUGAAGUCUCCAAACAGCCUUGUUAUAAUGAUCUAUGCUCCAUGGCGAAUCCUAGCGCCAGCCUUUGUCCUAAAUUGCUAUCAUAAGAGAUGCCUACGCGAUAUCAGUGAUUGUCUACUCACUGCUAGCCGGAACCAGAGCUAUGUAACUAUAUACUGAGAUGACACCAAACAUUUAUACAUGUAUAGAUACAAAUAAGUUCACUCUAUAUUGUCCACAAAUUUUGUUCCUAUGUGAACAAUAUUCAUCCAAUCUUAAGAUCAACUUAAAGCGAUGCUCGAUAUGUUUUACAUAAAUUUACUAGAUAAUAGGCAUUAAGUUUCCCAAAUUUGUAAACAUAUCAUGUACAGACUGCAGAACAUAGCUGCUCUAGGGAGCUGAUUUUUCUGCAUCAACUAAACAGCAGUAUCUCUGGCUUCUGUAAUCUAAGGCCAAUUGAAUCAUGUUUUCGAGUUUUCAAGACAUUAAGUGACAGCUUGUAUCUGUAUAAUUCACAGAGUAUGAAUGAAAUAAACUCUACUGAA